GGUAACUCGUGUCUCCCAUUCACGCAGCGGCCACCAGACGCUCGCCCCAUGUUGCGUCUCUGCCUGUCGGGCCGAGCUUUGCGACUCGCAACGUGCUUUCAGAGCGGUCUGCGCGCAGGCAUGUCGGGCUCACCUACCCCACCCCCCUCGGCGGAGGCUGCGGGCUCCGGGGGGAGUUUUCCCCCUGGAUACAAGCCUUUCAAACCCGAGGAGCACGGCUUGGAGCGCGGGUUCCGUCUCACAGCUUUCUCGGAGCUGAAGGGAUGAGGAUGCAAGGUCCCGCAGGAGGUUCUGCUCAAACUCCUCGCGGGACUGGAAACGGACCGAGAAGACGGGCCAGGGAAGGCUGGAGACCAGGGUUCCGAGUUCGGCCAACAGGUGUCCGGUCCCCGGCUCGGUAUAGGGAUGGACAGCUGUGUGAUUCCAUUGAGGCAUGGAGGUCUAUCACUGGUCCAGACCACGGAUUUCUUCUACCCUCUGGUAGAAGAUCCAUAUAUGAUGGGAAGGAUAGCUUGUGCGAACGUUCUGAGCGAUCUCUACGCCAUGGGCAUCACGGAGUGUGACAACAUGCUGAUGCUGCUGAGCCUCAGCCAGAAGAUGAACGAUAAGGACCGUGAGAAGGUGACGCCGCUGAUGAUGAAGGGUUUUAGGGACGCUGCAGAGGAGGGGGGGACGUCGGUGACGGGUGGUCAGACGGUGAUCAACCCCUGGAUCAUUGUGGGAGGCGUAGCGUCUGUCGUCUGCCAGCCUAAUGAGUUCAUCAUGCCCGAUGGCGCCGUACCAGGCGACGUGCUGGUUCUCACCAAACCUCUGGGGACCCGAGUGGCCGUAAACGCCCACCAAUGGCUCGAUCAGCCUGAAAAGUGGAACAGGAUCAAGCUUGUUAUCACCAAGGAGGAAGUCAAAGAGGCGUACUAUGAAGCCAUGUUCUCCAUGGCAACGCUCAACCGAACAGCGGCCAGCCUGAUGCACAAGUACCAGGCCCACGCCGCCACGGACGUGACGGGCUUCGGCUUGCUGGGGCACGCCAACAACCUGGCAGCGCAGCAGAAAAACGAGGUGGCCUUCGUUAUCCACAACCUACCAAUCAUAGCCAAGAUGAGCGCCAUCAGUAAAGCUUGUGGAAACCUGUUCAACCUGCUGCAGGGCCGAUCGGCAGAGACCUCCGGUGGGCUGCUGGUGUGCUUACCCAGAGAGCAGGCCGCCAAGUUCUGCUCCGAGAUGAAGAGCCUGAACGCGGCGCAGGGGGCCUCAAACGGAGCCUGGAUCAUUGGGAUCGUAGAAAAGGGCGACCGCCAGGCGCGCAUAAUCGAUAAACCUCGCAUCAUCGAGGUGCCACCACGAGGAAGCCAGGGAGCCAAUCAGGAUAACAGUGUCGCCAACCCGGACCCCAGCAGCAAUUUGUCCUAGACAAAGCUGCUGCCUCUGAUACUCUGGAGCGUGUGUGUGUGUGUGUGUGUGUGUGUGUGUGUGUGAGUGAAUCUGGUGAAGGGUCCUGAACCAAAAUGAGUGUCAGCUGUUGAAAUAAGGCAACUUUUACUUUCAAUGUAAGGGUACUUUCUAACCCCAUUCCUUUAGAGCUUAACACCUCAUCUUUCCAUCAUUUCUUAACCUGUUUUAUUUAAUUGUCGGGAUGUAUUAAAUUGAGAUGUUGAACAAGCGAUGUGGAAAAGAAAUGGAUCAUCAAUCCUGGCACCUGGUUCUGCCCACUGGGCUCACUGGAAGGCUUGAGCAGCUUCCUUAGAACAGCGGGGCAGAGUCCAGGAUGUCUGCAUCUGACGGCUCUCCGGCCAUCCAACACCGAGUCCCUCCCUCUUUUCCUGUUUUAUGAAGCGCUGCUUAUUAAACCCGAAUCUCAGGGCCAAGCAGGGCGGAUGUUUGCAGUAGGAUUAGAGGUGGGACUGAAACUGCUGGAGCUUUGAAGCUGUUUGUGUGUAGAUUUUUCUGCAUUUUACAUUCAAUAAAACCAUCAAAACUC